UAUAAAAUCGUUAUCCAUCCGGUGGGGAGAGUUGUUCGACAACGGACAGCUCCUCCGGCCUUUGCCUUUUCUCAUUUUCUCAAUCUCGUCUUCGUCUUCGAGGUUAAGCUACUGCCCUGCUCUGCUUUCUCUCUGUGUUAUUUUCUUUGGAUAGAGAGAAUAAAAAGAGAUGAGAAGGCGCAAGGGAAGGGAGAAUUGCUAUUAUUAUUUGCAUUAUUAUUAUUAUUAUUAGCAGAAGAAGAAGAAGAAGAAUUGGAAUUGGAAUUGGAGAGCAGAAGAAGAAUAAUAGCAAAAAUUAUUUGGUAGUUUAAGAGGAGGAGAAGAUGUGGAGGAGGAGUAAUGUUGUUAAUCACCACUACAACUUCCUCCUCAAUGCUGCAGCAGCUGCUCUUACCAACCAACUACAAUAAGGAGUCGUCUUCUUCUCCUCCUCCUCCUCCUCCUUCUCGUUUCUGUUGCUCCAACUCCAACAAGAGGAAUAGGAGACUGGCUGCCUUAAUAAUCCCCAACUCUUCCUCUGAUUCCGGCAGAAAGCAUCGCAGUUGGUGGCAGAAGUUCUUUUUCGAUGAAGAUUGCAAUUGGCUUGGCUUCAACGACCACGGCACGGAACAACUCCAGGAGGAGGAGGAGGAGGUGGAUCGGGAUUCAGAAAGGGUAAUGUCGGAAGAUGAGAAGUUCGAGGCGUGGAAGAGGAGGGCUGAAGCCAUAACCGAGUUGAGAGAAGCUCAGGAUGAUUUGACUAAUGAAGAGUCCCGCUCUUGGGAGGAUUGGCUAAUUCCUUCUCCUGAUAAUCCUCAAUCUCAAUCUGACUGGGAUUCCGACACCCAACUUAUUAAUAACAAUACUAAUGAUGGUUAUCCUUUUCCUCAAGACCAAGACGGAUCCUUGGUUCGAUCUCUUAGGAAUUUGGUUCUUGGCAAUGACGACGACGAUGAUUUGCUCUAUGAGGACCGAGUUUUUCGCUAUGCUUCUACCAAUUCCGCAAAAUUUUUGGCAGUGUUGAUAAUUGUGCCCUGUGCCUUGGAUUUUUUGGUCCAUGACUAUCUUCUCAUGCCUUUUCUAGACAGAUAUGUGAAGACCGUGCCGCUGGCAGCGCAGAUGCUUGACGUGAGAAGACCUCAAAAACUCGAAAUCAUCGAGGAACUUAAGAUGGAGAAAGCUAGACUUCGCUUGGAGGUCGAGAUCGGAAAAUCUCCACCUCUUUCUGACGACCAAGCUUGGUGGGAACUACGUGAUAAAGCAUUAGAGUUGAGGGAGGAGUGGAGGUUGCAUAACCGUAGCGCUUUUGCAAACAUAUGGUCGGAUAUGGUAUUCGGGGUCUCCUUAUUCAUUCUUUUGUACUUGAAUCAGACCAAGGUCGCUUUGCUGAAAUUCACAGGUUAUAAGAUAAUAAACAAUAUUUCAGAUACUGGCAAGGCAUUUCUAAUCAUUCUCAUCACAGAUAUUUUUCUGGGGUACCACUCUGAAUCAGGAUGGCAGACGCUGGUAGAGGUUUUAGUCGAACAUUACGGGUUCGAGGUUGAUCAGUCUGUCAUCACCAUUUUCAUCUGCCUCGUUCCGGUUAUCAUCGACGCAUGCGUCAAACUAUGGUUGUUUAAAUUCCUUCCGAGACUGUCGCCAAAAGUUGCCAACCUAUUCCGGGAAAUGACGCGUCACUAGGACUCCUGCUGCUGCUGCUUAUACAGUCAAAAUAUUAUUCAUGCCAUUCUUUCUUCAAUUACAAUAUAAUUACAAUUUAGAGUAGCUUUAUCAUUUAUGGAUUGGUUUUGUUGACGAUGCCAUUUUGUUCACUCCACCUUAAAAUCGUAAUAUUCUGUUGUAAAACAGUUUAUUAUAUAAAUUAUU